CCGGGCCCGCCGGCACCAAGCGGGACGGCCUCGAGCCUCCUGCCGGCCUGAAGGGCCGCUCCGCCAGCCCCGAGCGUACCGGCCGCAGGGCCCGGGUCUUCCCCGUACGGCGCCAGCCUCUGGUUUGCUUCCAGCCGCUGCAAGAGGUUCCAGGUCUCUGCUCUCACCGCCUGACUGUUACCCCCAGGGUACGUGCUUCGGAGAGGCCGCGCUCGGUGCUGACACCAGCAGCUCAGGAUGGAGGUGCGAGGCCCUCGGAGGAACCCCAGCUACCUCUCCGAUCUGUACGAGAACAUGCUGCGGGCUCAGGGAGCACCGGGACGAGGGCAGCAGCAGCCCCAGGCAGCGCGCAGCAGCAGCAGCACGUGUGUGCUGAGCACCCUGUCCAAGGGGGGCCCUCAGACAAACCAGCUUCAGAGCAGUGCUUCCAGCAGCUGCGAUCCAGCGUUACGGCCCAUCAUACGCCGUCGAGCGAGAUCUUUGCCUACAACACCUGAAAGGAGGAAGCGAGCAGCGGUGCAGUGCCAAGUUCCCAGGUGCCAGAGCCGUAUGAACAGGGUGAGGUUUGCUGAUGCUCUGGGUUUGGAGCUCACCGAAGUGAAAGUCUUCCAGACUGGGGAGGAUCCAUCCAUCCCCUUGCAUGUCCUUUCCAGGCUGUCCAUAAACUCAGACCUCUGGUACAGCAGCUCAGACUUGGAGUUCACCAUGCAGUGUUUAGUCCCUGACUUCCAGCAGCCUGCAGACUGCAUGGAUUUCUCCACCCGACUUCAGGAGCAGCAGGUGUGUCUUGAACGAGUGACCAGUUCAGAUCUGGGGCUCAGUGGCACCAUCCAAGUUCACAAUGUUGCUUUUGAGAAGCAGGUGUCUGUGCGGUACACCUUCAACCAGUGGAAGAGCCUCCAUGAAGUGGCUGCUCAUUGGCACAGUAGCAUCCCUGAGAAAAGCGGGCAGGGUCAGGUUGAUGUUUUCACAUUCUUUCUCCCCGUGCCCCCUUUCCUCCUCCAGCUGUCUUCAGUAGUCCAGUUUGCAGCAAGGUACCAAGUCAACGGGCAGGAGUAUUGGGAUAACAACAGGGGCAAAAACUACAGUCUGACUUGCCGGACUCACCCCCUCAAGAUGCCUAGAGAAUGUGAGGAGAGCUGGAUCCACUUCAUCUGAAUGAAAGGAAGUGGCUGUGGAGCAGCUUUGCGAGUUUCAGUGGCCCUCUCUGUGCUCCUAUGGCAACAGUCCCCUCUACUGAACGUGGUGGCAGUGUUUCAGGACAGGCAGGUAGCCAACAACCUGUACAAACUGUUCUAAACCUCUCAGAGAGUAUGAAGGGCCAAAAUGUGUAGAGUUACAUCUGCUGAAAGCCCGUGUGAUCUCUUGUGUGUGAACCACUGCAGAAUGGUUCAAAAGGAUGCUGUCAAGAUAUUUAGCAGAGAUCAAAACAGGACGCUUCAUGUUCUAGAUUGCACAGAAUAUUUCUAACAGAUCUAUUCUACUAUUUUGUACUGUCUGUUUUUUUAAGUGGUCAGUGUGACUUUACUAAGUUUUUGUUUCUAAUUUUGUUUGUAUUAUCUCACCAAGUCUGGGCAUUGUUCCAGUUACGCAUAAUUUGCAUGGCAGAUGCUGUAGGGAAGUACUUGUAUUUAUAUACUUUAAUUAAGACUGUUAACCAUGUUAAAUAAUCCCAUUAGUUUUGGGGUUGAGAAUUAACAAAACAUUGUUAUGAGCAAAACCUACAGGAAAAUGUCCAAUCAGCCCAUUUCCUUUUUUUUAUUAUUUUUUAUUAUUUUUUUAUUUUUUUUAGGGAA